AUGGCUGGCUCCGCUUACAGUCAGGCCAGGCACGUUUGGAGGCAGGUGGAGAGACACAGGGCCAAGGACACUCCUGGAGCCGUCCUGGGUCAGUCCUGGAGCCGUCCUGGGUCAGUCCUGGAGCAGUCCUGGGUCAGUCCUGGAGCCGUCCUGGGUCAGUCCUGGAGCAGUCCUGGAGCCGUCCUGGGUCAGUCCUGGAGCCGUCCUGGGUCAGUCCUGGAGCCGUCCUGGAGCCGUCCUGGGUCAGUCCUGGGUCAGUCCUGGAGCAGUCCUGGAGCCGUCCUGGAGCCGUCCUGGGUCAGUCCUGGGUCAGUCCUGGAGAAGUCCUGGAGCCGUCCUGGGUCAGUCCUGGAUCAGUCCUGGGUCAGUCCUGGAGCAGUCCUGGAGCCGUCCUGGAGCCGUCCUGGGUCAGUCCUGGGUCAGUCCUGGAGCAGUCCUGGAGCCGUCCUGGGUCAGUCCUGGGUAUGGCCAGUGUUUCUCAAAUGCCCAUGUCCCAUAAUGAGGGCGUGUCCACUUCUGAACCCCGUGGAUGACGCCCGGAGCCAUGGAGCGCGCACCUCCCCUGGACCCACGACGCCCACUCCCAAAAAAGUCUCGCGCAGCCAAAGGAAUCCGAUAGCUCCCCCUUCUUCAAACUUCAUAUUUGACAGAGCGCAGAGAGGCAGAGCCCGCACUCCAGCUUUGCGUUCAGCUCAGCACAGGCACCACCGGUCCUCCUCCUGA